AUGCGAAGAAUCAACCAACUGCACUCGGAUGGGAACAGGGACGGAAGUUGUCAAGACCGCCGAGGGGAUGGACUCUCAUUGGAUGAAUCUGAUCUCAUAGGCAUUGAGGAGCCCAAGAAGAAACAUGUAGGGUGGCUCGUGGAGGGAGACACCAAGAUGAAAGUUGUCUCAGUGAUAGGAAUGGGAGGGCUCGGGAAGACUACUUUGGUCAAGCAGGUCUUUGAGGACCCGACUGUGAAGAAACAUUUUGCCGUCUCGGAAUGGAUCACUCUCUCGAGGUCCUUCAAUUUCAAAGUCCUUCUCGAGGAGCUGCUUUUACAGAUCAUGCGGGUGACUGAGAAACCUUUGCCUCCUGGAGCGGACACGAACAUUAUGAACAGACAACAGCUUGAACAAACAUCAGGGACAUGCUUCAGACAAGGCCAUAUCUGUGGCAUAUUGGCCACGAAAGACGAGCAUCGGAUCAAUGAUUGGGGUGUUGUUUGUAGAAGCCUUGGAGCAGAAAUAGAUGGUAAUGACAGGCUUGAAAAUCUUAAGAAAGUAAUGUCGCUCAGGUGUACUGACUUGCCUUACUACCUAAAGUCAUACUUCUUGCUCUUGAGCGUGUUUCCUGAAGGCUGGCCAAUCAGGCACGAGAGACUGAUCAGAUUAUGGGUAGCUGAAGGAUUUGUAGAAUGGAAAGAGGGGAAGACACUCGAAGAAGUGGCAGAGGACUACUUCAAUGAUCUCAUAAGCAGAAGCCUACUGCAAGUGGUUGAAACUACAAGCGACAGAAGAAUCAAGAUGUGCCGGAUCCAUAGUUUUCUGUGGGAAAUCAUCAUUUCUAAAUCAAGAGAUCAAAGCUUCUUUGCGAAAGUCAUACACCAAGGUGAUGUGUGGCCAGAAAGAGUUCACCGUCUCUCAAUCCAAAACACAAGCAUAUCAGAAAUAAAUCCACAGAACAGGUUGCUUUCUCAACUACGUUCUCUUUACAUGUUUGAAGUAGAGAGGCCGUUCAAGAUUAGCCUUCUUGCUGGCCAGGAGCUCCUUACAGAAACUCUGUUACAUAGAAGCAGACAACAGAGAAAAUUACGGCAUGAUCAAAGAUCUGGGAGAGUUGACCCAACUGAGCAGGCUUGGAAUCCUGAAACUGAGGAAAGAAGACAGGAACGAUUUGUGUUCCGCGAUAGCAAAUCUCCGACCAAUCUGCAAGCUUCGUCUUUAACUACGGUCCACAAUAAUGAGAUGUUGGAUCUCGAACAUCUCACUUCUCCCCCAAAGUUACUCCAAAGGGCAUACUUGAACGGAAAGUUGGAGGCCCUUCCUCACUGGAUCGUUUCCCUUCACAGCCUCUCGAUACUUCACCUCAGAUGGAGCAAGCUUGAACACAACCCGCUGAUGCCCCUUCAUAGUCUUCCGAACCUUGUACAACUCGAAUUGGUUGACGUUUACAGUGGGACAACAUUGUGCUUCAAAGCCAAAGGUUUCAUGUUCAGCUCCGGAGCCUGUGACUCAGAGAUUCCAAACACCUGA